GUGGAUUGGUUCCUGGUCAUGCCCGGUGGAAGGAGGGGACCCAGUCGGCAGCAGCUAAGCCGUUCAGCUUUGCCUUCUCUCCAGACUCUGGUUGGUGGGAGCUGUGGCAACGGUACUGGUUUGAGAAACAGGAAUGGUAGUGCCAUCAGCCUCUCUGCACCUCCGAUCACAGCCCUGAUUACUCCAGAGCCUGUACGUCACUGCCGGAUACCUGACCUGCCUCUGGACGGGAGCCUUCUCUUUGAAUUCCUGUUCUUCAUCUACCUACUGGUAGCCCUGUUUAUUCAGUACAUCAACAUCUACAAGACCGUCUGGUGGUACCCAUACAAUCAUCCUGCUUCCUGCACCUCACUGAAUUUUCACCUCAUCGACUACCACCUAGCGGCAUUCAUUACAGUGAUGCUGGCACGGAGACUGGUGUGGGCCCUCAUCUCCGAGGCCUCUCAGGUGGGCGCAACAUCAGUGAUUCACUACAUGGUGCGCCUGGUGCUGCUCACCCUCUGUGGAUGGGUGCUCUGCUGGACUUUGGUCAAUCUCUUCCGCAGCCAUUCUGUUCUCAACCUUCUCUUCUUGGGCUACCCGUUUGGUGUGUACGUUCCUCUGUGCUGCUUCCACCAGGACAGCAGAGCACAGCCCCUACCUGCGGACUGUGGUUACUUGGUACAAGAUCAGAUGGUGGAUGAUGGGGCGUCAGGUGUCAGCAGCCUGGUCAAACCCAAAGAUUUUCUCUCGCUUCUGUGGGAAUCCCUGAGAGAACAGUUCAAUAAUCCUACGUCUAUCCCCACCCACAGCUGUCCCCUCUCCCCAGAUCUCAUCCGUAAUGAGGUGGAGUGCCUAAAAGCAGACUUCAACCGCAGGAUCAAGGAAGUUCUCUUCAACUCUCUCUUCAGUGCCUACUAUGUGGCAUUCCUGCCACUGUGUUUUGUGAAGAGCACCCAGUACUACGACAUGCGCUGGUCCUGUGAGCACCUCAUCAUGGUGUGGAUCAAUGCCUUUGUCAUGCUCACCACUCAGCUGCUGCCCCCCAAGUACUGCGACCUGCUUCACAGAUCAGCUGCCCACCUGGGCAAGUGGCAGAAAUUAGAACAUGGUUCCUACAGCAAUGCUCCACAGCACAUCUGGUCAGAAAACACAAUAUGGCCGCAAGGAGUACUGGUGCGACGUAGCCGAUGCCUGUAUAAAGCAGUUGGGCCUUACAAUGUAGCAGUGCCUUCAGACGUCUCUCAUGCCCGCUUUUACUUCCUUUUUCACCGUCCAUUACGGCUGCUCAACCUGCUGAUCCUCAUUGAAGGCAGUGUGGUCUGCUACCAGCUCUACUCACUGCUGCGGUCAGAGAAGUGGAACCAUACCCUCUCCAUGGCCCUCAUCCUUUUCUGCAAUUAUUAUGUCUUAUUUAAGCUCCUCCGGGACCGGAUAGUAUUAGGCAGGGCAUAUUCCUACCCACUUAACAACUAUGGACUCAAGGCCCACUAGGCCUGCCAAAUGUGUACCCCUUACCUUUCCCUUCCCACAGGCCAGGGAAAGAACCUCAGAAAAAAUAUUUUCGUACAGUUCUAUUUUUUUCUUGCGGCGUUUAUAAAUAUUUAAAAUAUUUUAUAUUUUGUAUACUAUUGUUUUUGUGGGGUGGGAAGGGAACCAGUGGCAAUUAAAUGUCGCUUUAUAAACAAGGUGUUAUUUUAUAUAUAUAUAUAUAUAUAUAAAAAUCAGUGUGUAUAUACCUUAUAUCUAUACCCAUACAUAUAUCUAUGUGAAGCAACAGGAUUGUGUGUGUGGUCACUGUGUCUGCUUUGCUCACACAACUGCCCUGCCAUCGCAUGUGGUGGGGGUGGGACUGCUGCUAAUAGGAACUGGUCUCUUGGAGAGCUGUAGAUGAGUACAGCAAGGGGAAGUAAGGAAACACAGGGGGAUUUCAGCAGUGCAAGCAGCUCAUCUUAGAAACCUCAGUACCAGGGCAGUUUUGCCCUGAAACUGUGCACUGAUGUGAUAUCAGCUUAGAGAAAGGGAGGAAGCAGUGUGCUGAAAGACAGGCUAACUUACUGUCAGUCAGCAGAAGCUCCCUGUUCCCUUUUCUUCCCAGAGUUAGCAAGAUGCAAAUAUUCUUUUUAAAAAGCAAACCCUUUAUUUUAGGUCCUAGCCAUCCUUCUAGAAACCUGAGCUCCUUAACUCCACCCAGAGAAUGAACUUAGUCUUGAAAUUGUAGUUUUACAGUAGUAUAUCAUUUAGGAAAGAGGGGAUUUGAAAUAGUUUCGUCUUGCAGAUGGUGAUUGAUUGGUUUAUACUGCCAUUUCUAACCCCUACAAGAGUAGCAUUAAAUCAGUGAAUAUUCAGCCAUUAUUUCCUGCAAGCAGCAGUGUUCCUUGGAGAAAUUUAUUCUUGUCAAACACUGAUCAACUCCUUCUAUUUCCAUACGGUGUACUUCCCCAGUGUUUCAUCUUGCAGGCAUACAGCUCCAGGGUGUUUUAGAAAUGUUUAAUAAGUUAUCAUUAAUAUUAGAGGUAAUACUUUGCUCUUAAAAUCUGCUCUUCAUAGAAUUUAACUAUACUAGAAUCUAGUGAAGUAAUAUUUCUGGUAGUAUCACACAGGGGAGUUGAAGAUGAAAGACAGUAUCAACUGUUUCAUUAUUUUAACUGUGGAUGCUGCUAACAGCCUCUGGUAGCAGUUGAUGCUUUGACUCAAGUAAUUGUGGGGAAGGUAAUGCAAUGUGUUUAUCAUUCAAAUGCUGUCUGACUGCUAACUUUACUAAAGUGCUAGCUCUGUUUAAAGAGUGGAUUUAAAUUAAAAAAAAAAAAAAAAAAAAA